GGAAUCUGACUGAAUGCCAGGAGAAGACUCCAUUUCCUGUUCCAUAUCGUUCCCCAUUUGGCUCUCAGCAUCUCGUCGAUUCACACAAGGAUAAGCCUUUCUUCUCCUAACAGCGAAAGCUGCCACUUUUCCACUCCUCCCGCUCUUCCCAACCUCCUUCGUCUAGUCAUGGAGACCUUCUGCCUCGCUCGACCAGCCCUUGUGGUGGCUCCCCGCACCGUCCGCACCAUCCGCACCCUCCCGGUGCGGUCACAGGCGAGAGUAGUCUGCGCCAUUAAGUUCCCCGGAUUCGGCUUCAAUGGCAAGAACGAGAGUGAAGACAACGAAACCUACGCCGGAGCCGACUCUGCCACGACUGUGUUCCCAGCGGAGGCGUGCGACGAGCUGGGAGGCGAGUUCUGCAACGCCGAGGGCGUGUUCGCCGAGGUGAAGCUGGAGUCGAAACCCGAGCCCGUCAAGCAAGUCGUCGGGAAAGACGUCGGCACCGUGGACUACGACGGCCCUAAGACCGUCUUCCCGGCGAGGCAUGCGACGAGCUAGGAGGAGAGUUCUGCGAGCCGGAUUACCAGGAGGGCGUGGGUCCCGAGAAGAAGCUCUGAACGCGAAAUAAUCCGUUCACUGGUUUGUACACGAAGCAUUAUUUAUCAAUCAUUUUCAUGUUUAACGGCGUUUUUCUUUGUGCUAGGAGGCCUUAGUGAGAUUGUAAGUACCUGUGGUCAUAUGGAGCUGUUAUUUCCAACCAACAGGGCCCUUGCUCUGUCUUCCCCUUCCGCCGCACUUCCGUCCAUCCAAUCCAACCUGCCUUCUCGCCUCGACUUCUCCCUUCCAAGACGAACCUUCGAUUCCCCAUCACUUCCGCAACGAGUGAGAUGCAUGCACAUUCAGUUUUUUUAUGGGGGACCGUAGAGCCUGCUACCGUGAGGUCAGCUAAGCCCCUCCCACCAAGUUCGGCCCAAAUAACACGAUGUUUCCAAUGCACCUGAAACUGGGGCUGUCUCAGGACGUAAAAAGGAGAAAUUAUUAGUGCUAACUUGAAAUGAACU